AUGUUCUCGAUUUUCAAGCGAAACCGGACCGACACCAACCGACAGCAAACCGACGCCGGUGUAAAGCGCAGCCGCGAAACCUGGUUUGGCCGCAUCAGGCAGUUACUGGGCUCCGCUGAACUUGACGACACCGUGUGGGAUGAGAUCGAAGAAAUACUGAUCUCCGCCGACGUGGGGGUUCCCACCACCAUGAACGUGUUGGACGAUCUUCGCUCCGAAGUACGCUCCGGUCGCGUGGUUGAUGGCGAGGGAGCCUACAGCCGGCUCAGGGAACUAUUAUCCGCAGAACUAACGGGAGCAGGCAACCCGGACGCCUGGCUUGAUGACGAUGCGCUAACGCUGCCUUACGUCAUCCUCGUGUGCGGCGUCAACGGGGUCGGGAAAACUACCAGCAUUGCGAAGCUGGCUCACCAUUUCACCCAGGCCGGCAAGCGUGUUGUCCUGGGAGCCGCCGAUACCUUCCGCGCCGCCGCCGAAGAGCAAUUGGAAAUACUGGGCCAACGGGUGGGCGUGGACGUGAUCAGCCAUCAAUCCGGCGCCGACCCGGGAGCCGUGGCCUAUGAUGCCUGGCAAGCUGCCCGUGCCCGGGGAGCCGACAUACUGAUCGUCGAUACUGCCGGCCGCCUUCAUACGCGCAAUAACCUCAUGGAUGAGCUUCGCAAAAUUCGGCGCGUGAUCAACAGACUCGACGGCGCCGCGCCCCAUCAGGUUUUGCUCACGCUGGACGCUACCACCGGGCACAACGGAUUGACACAAGCUCAGGCGUUUACCGAAGCGGUUGGUUGCACCGGUAUUUUUCUGGCCAAACUCGACGGCACCGCACGAGGCGGUAUCGUGCUGUCCAUCCAUCGCGAACUGGGAGUCCCCAUCCUGUUCAUCGGCACCGGUGAAGGAUUAGACGACCUGGCUCCGUUUGACCCUGUAGAAUUCGUGGACGCCCUGUUGGCGCCAGCCGCCUGA